UAUUGUAUGUUAAAGCUGGUAGAAGCUAUAGAAGCUGAUAAAAGCGUAAAAGAGCAUUGAAUUAAAAGUGCCGCGUAAGUGGCUUAGAGUAUAAGUAUUUGAUAAAUGAUAAUAAAUUAAAUACAAUUUAUGUAUCUACAGUGUUUAAUACACACUUGUUUAAACAAUUUUUGAUAUGGAAAAUAUACCGGGAAAUGAGAAUCAAGCUACACAACAUAGAAUGGAGAUUCAGCAGAUGUCCCAUCCAAUGCCACCUAUGAUGAGUAUGACUUCUAAUCAUCAUUCUUCAAAUAUGAUGGAACCACCAAAAACGCUACCUAGUUUAUUAAGCUUAAAAGUAACACCACCAACAGAAUUACAUCAAAAUACUGUAGAGGAUAUAGUACGAGAAGGAGACAAUGACACAGUUAAACUUCCAGCUGCUUUAGAACAAGCUUUAGCUUUUAAAACAGAAAGAGCUAAGGAAGUAGGUGGUGAUCCAAAUGAUAUGGUCUCUUUAGGAAAGUCUACUAAUGACGAAUCUACAGGGGAAGAUGUUCCUCAAUUGGAAGAUAUAUUGGAACCAGAAACAACGAUUGAAAAAGUUGAUUCAAAGACAACUAAAAGUAAAAAGAAAAAAAAGAAGAAGAGGAAGAAGAAUACAAAUGAGAAGAAAGAACUAGAGAAAAAGCAAGACCAAAUAGAAGAUAAUAAAUCGAAAGAAGAUCUACCAGAGAUAGAAUAUAUUCAAGAAAUUCCUAGUAUAAAUGAUUUGGAACCAAUGUAUCGUCAAUUUGCCAGAGUAUUUGAAGCAUUUAAAUUAACUGAACCAGAACCUCGUUCUAAUGAUGCAGGAGAUAAGGGUGAACCAAUUGGUCAGUACCCUCCUGUUACCAAUAUGCAAACUACAGGUAAUGUACCCAGUAAAAUACCACCUCUAGAUGACUUUGAUGACGAUGUAGGCCAGCAACAGCAACAACAAGGUACCGGAGAAAAUGGUGCUCCGCGAUUAUCUAAACGAAAACUCAAGAGAUUAACGCGACUAAGUGUUGCUGAAUUAAAACAGCUUGUAGGUAGGCCUGAUGUUGUAGAAAUGCAUGAUGUUACUGCCAGAGAUCCCAAGCUUCUUGUACAACUUAAGGCACAUCGUAAUACUGUACCUGUACCAAGACAUUGGUGUUUUAAAAGAAAAUACCUGCAAGGAAAACGAGGUAUUGAAAAACCUCCUUUCGAUUUACCUGAUUUUAUAAAACGUACUGGAAUCACAGAAAUGAGAGCAAGUUUGCAAGAACGUGAUGACACUCGUACUUUAAAAGCGAAAAUGCGUGAGAGAGCAAGACCUAAAUUAGGUAAAAUUGAUAUUGAUUAUCAAAAACUUCAUGACGCAUUUUUUAAGUGGCAAACCAAACCACGGAUGACAAUUCAUGGUGAUCUUUACUAUGAAGGUAAAGAAUUUGAAACUAGACUUAAAGAAAAAAAGCCUGGUGAAUUAUCUGAUGAAUUACGUACAGCAUUGGGAAUGCCUGUAGGACCGAAUUGUCAUAAAGUACCACCACCAUGGUUAAUUGCUAUGCAACGUUACGGUCCACCACCGAGUUAUCCUAAUCUUAAGAUACCAGGCUUAAAUGCUCCAAUCCCAGAAGGGUGUGCCUUUGGAUAUCAUGCUGGCGGUUGGGGAAAACCACCUGUUGAUGAGACAGGCAGACCCUUAUAUGGAGACGUUUUUGGUGUAUCUCGUACACCAGGUGGUGAUGCUCUAGAUGAAGAAGUAGAUAGAGGCAUGUGGGGUGAGCCUGAAUCUGAAUCAUCUGGAGAUGAAGAAGAAGAUGAAGAUGCAGAGGAAGGUGGAGAUGGUGAAGCAGAUGGAAAAGAUGGAGAUGGGGAUGCAAGUGGAUUGGUUACACCUGGUGCAGAAGGACUGAUAACACCAAGUGGUAUUACAUCUAUUCCAGCUGGAUUAGAGACACCAGAAACAAUAGAAUUGAGAAAGAAAAAAAUAGAGAGUGAAAUGGAAGGUGGAGAUACUCCUGCAUUGUAUACAGUUUUACAGGAACGUAGAACAGAAGGUCUAGGUGCAAGUAUGAUGGGAAGUACGCAUGUGUAUGAUAUGACAGGUGCAGCAGGAGGUCAAGCACCGCCCUCUGUUAUUGCUGCACGACGUGGUAUAAGUGGGACAACAUCUGAUGCAAGAACAGAAAAGGAUGGUGCCGUUGAAUUGGCAUUAGAUCCUAGUGAAUUAGAUCUUGAUUCUGAAGCAAUGGCAUCAAGAUAUGAGGAAACCAUGAGAUCGCGACAAGCUCACCUUAGGAGGGAAGAUUUAUCUGAUAUGCUUCAAGAUCAUGUACAAAGACAGAAGAGUAAACGUAAACGACAGCAAACACAAGAUACAAAAGCUUCUAAGAAAUAUAAAGAAUUCAAAUUUUAAACAUUUUAUUAGAUUUCAGAAUAAGUGUUGUACUAAAGAAUUAACAAAUAUUAUUUAAGUAAAGAAACUUUAGAUUUUAAAUAAAAUAUUACUAUAUCAAAAGACAGACUUGAA